AUGAAGCUCGCCAUCUUUGGGUCCAAGCAGUACGACAAACGCUUCAUCUCGGCCGUGUUCGCUUCGUCCGAGUUCGAGAGCAAGAAGUCGGUCGAGCUGGUCUUCCACGACUUCCCCCUCUCCACCGACACAGUGGCCCUCGCCCAGGGCGCCGAGGCUGUCUGCGUCUUCGUCAACGACAACCUCAGCGCCCCCGUCCUCGAAGCCCUGCACGGUGUCGGAGUGCGCGCCAUUCUGCUGCGCUGCGCCGGCUACAACAAUCUCGACCUCGAGACGGCCGAGCGCCUUGGCUUCUUUGUUGCCAAUGUCCCCGCCUACUCGCCCGAGGCCGUUGCCGAGUUCGCCAUCGCCCUCAUCCAGACAUUGAACCGCAAUACGCAUCGUGCCUACAACCGCGUGCGAGAGGGCAACUUCAACCUUGACGGGCUGCUGGGUAAAACACUGCGUGGAAAGACUGUCGGCAUUGUCGGUGUGGGCAAGAUCGGGUUGGCAUUGGCCAGGAUCUUGCAGGGCUUUGGGUGUCGGCUGCUCGCCUUCGACCCCUUUCCGACCGAUGCCUUCAAGCAGUACGGCGAGUACCUGGCCCUUGACGACCUGCUGCCGCAGUGCGACUUUGUGAGCCUGCACUGCCCGCUGAUGGAUUCAACGCGGCACAUCAUCAACGAGCACUCGCUGCUCAAGAUGAAGAAGGGCGCCAUGAUUGUCAACACGUCCCGCGGCGGCUUGAUCCACACUAAGAGCGUCAUCGCCGCCCUCAAGAACCGACACCUUGGCGGCCUCGCACUGGAUGUGUACGAGGCUGAGGCUGCGCUCUUCUACCAGGACCAUAGCGACGACAUCAUCCAAGACGACGAGCUUAUGCGGCUCUUGACCUUUCCCAACGUUCUCGUCAGCGGCCAUCAGGCCUUCUUCACCGAAGAAGCCCUCACCGAGAUUUCGGAGUGCACUCUCCGGAAUCUCGACGACUUCCUCCAGAAGGUUCCCUGCAAGAACUCGCUCGUCAACAAAGAGAAGCCGCUGGCGAAGCGGGCUUCCAUUCCCGUGAGAAUCUGA